AUGGGAAGUGGGACAUCAAACAAUCAGUUAAACAAUUAUAGGUAUCUAUGAUUUAGACUGGUAAGGAUGCUAUCUCUACUUUAAGAGCCUGAAAGACUGAAAACGGAUCCAAGUGAUUUUAAUCUCAGAUGGGAUGAUACAACUUUGUUUUCACAUAAAAAUAAACUCAAACAUUAGACUAAUCUUCUUGAAAUAGUCAGAAAUGUUCCUUCAAAAAUAGUUCUAAAUUAAAAUCCAUAAAACUUAUAAGCCUUCAAUUCUAAGUCACCAGGGAUAAAAAAGCCUUUUCUUGAGUAUGUUACUACUAAUCUGAUUGAUGUGGUUAGGAAAUCAAAUAAAAUAGAAGUAAGUAUCAAUAUAUUGUAUGAGAAAGUAGAAAUAUCGAUGGAAAAAUAUUUGAGCAUUAAGGAAUCAUAAAUGCUUAGCUCUUAAAGACAGAAACAACCUAGAAAAUCUUUAUAAGUCUAACAUACUUUAGAAGUGGUCUAAACAUCACAUUUAGAGAAGAGUGUAAAUGAGGAAGGCAUGGCAUAAAUUAAUUAAUAUACUGUCUUAGAAUCUCUGGGACAAGGAGCCUUUGGAAAAGUUAAAAAAGCAUAAAAUUUUAAAGGCGAAAUCUUUGUAGAUAUAUUAACUCGAUUUCAUAGGCAAUUAAAAUAGCAAAUAAAAAAAAAUUGAAAAAGAAACUGCUUUCAAAAUCAAGUGCUUAUACAAUGUUAGAAAGAGAAAUAGCUAUCAUGAAAAAGGUAUUAUGACUUUUAAUUAGAUUUCUCAUGAAAAUGUUGUUCAAUUAUUUGAAGUUAUUGAUGAUCCAAACAAAGAUAAAUUAUACUUGGUAAUGGAAUAUAUGGGAAAAGGAAGUAUAUUAAGCAAAGGUUUCUUUAAAAAAUAAAAAACUACUUCAAAUAUACUUGAUGAAAUUGAGGACAAAAAUAUUGUGUCUAAAUUAACAGAGGAACAGUGUCGUCAUUAUUUCUCUGAUUUUAUAAAAGGAUUAUAUUAUUGUAAAUUAUUAUUCAUAUUUAGUACAUGAAUGUGUGAAUGUGAUUCAUAGAGAUAUCAAACCAGAAAAUCUAUUAGUCAAUAUUAACAAUUAACUUAAGAUUGCAGACUUUGGAGUUUCUCAUAUUAUGGAAGAUGGAGGAGAUGGAAGAAUAUCAAAUUAAACAGGUACUCAAGCAUACUUAGCUCCAGAAGUAUUUAAAGGUAUGAAUCCUUUCUAUCAUUUAGGAUAGAAUUUUGAUGGAAAACCAGUUGAUAUUUGGGCAGGAGGUGUUACUUUGUAUUAGAUGGUCUAUGGAAAACUUCCAUUUACAAGUUAAAAAUCUAUGGAAUUGAGAUAACAAAUAUUGGAGGAGAAGUAAGAAAUUAUGUUAAUUUAGUCCUCUUUUUCCAUAACCAUAAGGAUUUUCUAGUUCAAUUAUAAAAUUAUUACAGGGUUUAUUAUAAAAGCUUCCUGAAAAACGGUUGAAAAUUGAUUAAAUCAUAAUGGAUGAUUGGAUUACUGAUUUUGGUAAGUAGCCAAUUAUUAAUUAAUAUAUUGAAUAUGUUGAUGUCACAGAAAUGGAUAUAAGAUUUGCCUUAACUAGUCUUAAUAUUCAAAUGGCUUUGAAAAUAGUUGUUAAAUUAUUGUAUUAAGCUAAAAAAGCUAGAAGAAAAAUUGCAGAAAGAAAGAAAAUGCAAAAAUGA